UCGAGUGUCGGCUUCAUUACCUCGAGCAGCCGACUGCCUGGAGCAGCGUCUCGCACCACCACGGUUUCCGGUCUGUCCCGGGCUCGUGGUGGCGUCGCGGCAAGGUGCGCCCCCAGCGACUCCGAGUUCGAACCCCUGAUGCUCGGGGAGGGUGGGGAUGAGAUCGACACCUCGCCACCCCAGCGUUCCCACCGCUCCGACCGACUGAUGCCCGACACGCCCUGGGACGAUGAGGGCGCAAGUGACGACGGCAACUACGUCUUCGUGCGUCCGGACUUCAUCAGCGUGCCUCAGGACUCGCCAAAACUCUAG